AUGAGGAGGAGGAUGGAAUAUAGAUGGCAGAACCCAUAUCUUGGUGUCAAUACAAAGAGUGAAGAGUUCAUAUCAGAGAUUUUGGCUGGUAAUACCUCCUCCUUAAAGGUUCACUUCCAAGCCCAUGCAGAAGCUGGAAAUCAAACGUCCAUCACAAAAUUCAUCCUACUGGGAUUCGGGGAUCUCCCUGAACUACAGAUCCUUCUCUUCCCUUUGUUCCUAGUGAUCUAUGUUGUGACCAUGUCUGGGAACAUCCUCAUCGUUUUUCUAAUUGUGGCUGAUCAACACCUGCACACCCCCAUGUACUUCUUCCUGGGGAACCUGUCCUGCUUGGAGAUCUGCUACACCUCCACCAUCCUGCCCAGGAUGCUGGCCAGUCUCCUGACAGGGGACAGAACUAUUUCUAUUAGCGGCUGCAUCACGCAAUUUAAUUUGUUCAGCUCUCUGGCAGCUGUAGAAUGUGCUCUCCUAGCAGUGAUGUCGUAUGAUCGAUACUUAGCAAUAUGUAAACCCCUGCACUAUGCAGUGCAGAUGAAUGGCAGUGUGUGCCUCCAGAUGGCAUCUUUGUCCUGGAUUAGUGGCUUCCUGGCUAGCACUGUCACCACGUCUUUGUUAGCACAGUUCACUUUCUGCGGCCCGAAUGAAAUUGAUCAUUUCUUCUGUGAUUUCACCCCUUUGAUCAAACUCUCCUGCAGUGAAACCAGCCAGAUGAAACUUGUGACCUUCAUACUUUCCUCCAUCUUCACCCUUCCUGCAUUCCUAUUAACUGUGAUGUCCUACAUUUCUAUCAUUGCCUCCAUCCUGAGAAUCCCUUCCACAAUGGGGAGGCAAAAGGCCUUUUCCACCUGCUCCUCUCACCUCAUUGUGGUGACAAUUUUCUAUGGGACCUUAAUGAUUGUCUACAUGCUCCCAGAUAGUGCCACAGUGGGAAACCUGAACAAAGUGUUCUCUAUCUUCUACACAGUCCUGACUCCCAUGGUCAACCCCCUCAUCUACAGCCUGAGGAACAAGGAGGUGAACAGGGCCCUGAGGAAAGCUCUUGUGAAAUGUGUGCCUUUCCCACAAAAAUCAGGAAAGACAAACUCGAUUUGCUAACGUUAGCAUGAA